GUCAUUGUUGAUUGUCAUGUCACUUGCUUAUGUCAACAGUCGUUGGUCAGUUCUUCAUGGUGUGAAUGAAAUUUUACAAUAUUUAUUAAAUUGACGAAAAUACAAUCAAUUACAUCGUUGGGAAUUAUUAAUUGUUUGUAGAAGAAGACUAAUUUAGGGAAAAAUGGAUUUCCAAAACCGGCCAGGCGGUAAAACUGGCGGUGGAGGAGUAGCGUCAUGGUCGGAAAGCAACCGAGACCGACGCGAAAGACUCCGUCAGCUUGCGCUCGAAACAAUUGACUUGAAUAAAGAUCCCUAUUUUAUGAAAAAUCAUUUAGGGUCAUAUGAAUGCAAGCUUUGUCUUACUUUACAUAAUAAUGAGGGAAGUUAUCUAGCUCAUACUCAAGGUAAAAAGCAUCAAGCCAACUUAGCUCGAAGAGCAGCCAAAGAGGCCAAAGAAGCACCUCAACAAUUGGCUCCUGAAAAGCCACGGAUAGAACCGAAAAAGUUCGUUAAGAUUGGUAGACCAGGUUAUAGAGUAACCAAACAAAAAGAUCCAGAGAAUGGCCAACAGAGUUUAUUAUUCCAAGUUGAUUACCCAGAAAUUGCUGAAGGUGUGCAGCCUAGGCACCGCUUCAUGUCUGCUUAUGAACAAAAGAUAGAGCCUCCAGACCGUCGCUGGCAGUACUUGUUAUUUGCUGCUGAGCCAUAUGAGACAAUUGCAUUUAAAGUACCGAGCAGGGAAGUGGAGAAGCAUGACUCCAAAUUCUGGACACACUGGAACAAGGAUACUAAACAGUUUUUCCUGCAAUUUGCAUUUAAAAUGGAGCCACUACGUAUGCCUCCACCUCCUCCCAAGAUGUGGGAGAACCAUGGCAUGCGCCUGCCACCUCCUCCAGGGGCUCCAUUGAUGGGGGUGCCCCCACCACCGCCAUUAUUACCUGUACCUCCUCCACCACCAUCUAUGUAAAUGAGUAAUUUGUGUUUAAGGUGUAAUAAAAUUAUAUUCAUA